AUGCCCUGGCCCAGUGAGCUGCUUUAUGCAUGGCGCUGUUUGCCCGCAGCUUUGGGGGACAGGGACGAGUUCGAAGGGCUGGCUGAGGGCCUUGUGAGACUGGAGGCGCCAACUCAGCCGGCGGAGUUUGAUGUGCUGGUGUCCCUUCACAAUGCCGUUACCGGAACCGGGAGGGUAGACCUCCCGAUGCCUUCGCAUGCAUCGGCGGCGGAAGUUUGCGAUGAAACUCUGCAGGAACUCAACCACGACAGUGCAUACAGAGCCGCGGAGCUCUGCCAGCAGUUGCGGCGAGAUGGCGCCGCCUCGGAUUUCCGUUUCAACCCCGAAUACUAUCCCGGUCAAGUGCGCUUGAUGCAGAACGACCGAGAAGCAAGGUACGACAAGCCGCUGCAGAAAGAAGGGGAAACGGUGACUGCUUCUUAUUGUAUCGUAGCGAAGGACGUGGAGAGACUCCUCGAAGAGCUGUUGCCCAGAGAGCUUCGAAGGAAGAUGGAAAAGCUGAGCCGCCGACGUUGUCGCGCUGGAAGCGAAAGGCGCUGGGGCGACACCGCAGCCUUCGCCCGCAUCCUCCGCAUCCUCGCAGAGUGCGCCCAGCCCGUCACGACGCGGGGUGGCUCCAGUGCAGCCGAGUCUGCCGGCUGGCUGCUGGAGGUGCUUGCCAAAGCAGAUUCGAUGGGCUCUCCAGAGGAGCUGCUGGACUUUCUCAAUGAAGAGUUGGUGGUGCAGAUGCUCCAGGCCAUGUCCUCCAAGGGCAAGAAGGAGCUCCAGGAAGAGAAGGUUCAGUAUGCCAGAUAUGCCGAGUGGUGCAAAGGCACCGAGGAGGAGAAGUCCAAGGCCAUCGAGGCGUCAGACUCGAAGAUCGAGGUUCUGACCGCCGACAUCGGUAAGGCCGCCACGGACGCAGAGGUCUUGGGCAAGGAGAUUGAGGGUCAUGCUGCCGCAGCGGCGGAGCUCGCCGCACAGGAAAGCGAAGCUACCAAGGUCAGGGAGGACGAAGCCAAGGACUUUGUGGCGGAGCAGAAGGAUUACGCGGAGUCCCUCGAUGCCCUCGAUCGGGCGAUUGAGACUCUGGACAAGCAGGACUACAGCCGACCCCAGGCCGGUGAGGCCUUUGCCCAGUUUGCUGCUUCUCUCGGCGCUUCGCGGGGUGCGCAGGACAUUCAAAAGCUGGCAGCUGGGGGAGCCCCGAAGGCCAAGGCCUACGAUUUCCAGUCGGGCAACAUUACGACGAUGCUCAAGGCGCUGAAGACCAAGUUCUCUGAGGAGAAAGUGGCACUGGAGAAGGCUGAGGCGUCCAAGGCCCACAGCCACGAGCUGAUGGUCCAAAGCCUCAAGAGCCAGGCGGACGCCGAGAAGCAGGAUCAGUCCCGCAAAGCGACGCUAAAGAGCAAGAAGUUGGCUCUCAAGGCGUCCAUGGAGGACGAGAAGAACACGGCUACCUCCUCGAAGGACGCCGACACCAAGUAUCUCGACGACGUGACCUCGACCUGCCGGCAGAAGGCCGCUGACUUCGAGUCCAACCAGAAAAUUCGCAGCGAGGAGCUGCAGGCUGUGCAGAAGGCUGUGACGGUCGUGUCUCAGAAGUUGUCUCUGCUGGACGUGAAGUGGAGGAGCCUCCUCCAGGUGAAGCGAAAGCAGGGCUCCUCCUUGGCCGCGCUCCGCCGCCCCGGCACCGACGUGCUGAAGGCGAAGGUGGUGCCCUUCCUCGCAAAGGAAGCGCAGCGCCUCCACAGCGCAGCUCUUCUCAACUUGGUCCAGCCUGCGGAGAGCGGAUCUCUCGAUGGGGUGAAGGACAUGGUCGAGGGCAUGAUCACCAAGCUGUCCAAGGAGGUCGCGACCGACUCCGAGCAGCAGACCUGGUGUACUUCCGAGCUCAAGUCCAACAAGAAGACGCGGAGUGCGAAGACGAUCCUGGUCGACGAGCUGAAUGCCGACAUCGACCGGCUCAAUGCCUCACUCAUCUCCUUGGGCGAGGACAUCGUCACCAUGGGAGAGGAGCUCCUGCAGCUGGACAAGGCAGCCCCGCAAAUGUGGGUCAUGGUAUAA